GUGUCAGUCUGGUCGGGAGCGCGACGGGGGACAGCGGAGACCGCGGCGGUAGACGGGGGCCCGGGCCGCUGCCGUGUGGUCCGCCCAAGAUGGAGUUCCUGCUGGGGAACCCGUUCAGCACCCCCGUGGGGCAGUGCCUCGAAAAGGCCACCGACGGCUCCCUGCCUAGCGAGGACUGGGCGCUCAACAUGGAGAUCUGCGACAUCAUCAACGAGACGGAGGAAGGGCCGAAGGAUGCCAUCCGGGCCUUGAAGAAGCGGCUCAGCGGGAACCGGAACUACAGAGAAGUGAUGCUGGCGCUGACCGUGCUGGAGACGUGCGUGAAGAACUGCGGCCAUCGCUUCCACGUCCUCGUGGCCAGCCGCGAUUUCAUUGACAGCGUGCUGGUCAGACUCAUCUCUGCCAAGAACAGCCCUCCCACCGUCGUGCAGGACAAAGUGCUCGCCCUGGUCCAGGCCUGGGCCGACGCCUUUCGGAGCAGCCCGGACCUCACAGGCGUGGUGCACACGUACGAGGAGCUCAAGAGGAAGGGGGUCGAGUUCCCCAUGGCCGACCUGGACGCUCUGUCUCCAAUACACACUCCGCAGCGGAGCGUGCCCGAGGUGGACCCGGCAGCGGCCGUGCCCAGGCCCCAGUCGCAGCCGAGGACGAGCUCCGGCUCCUGCUCCUCGCCUCCUGCUCCCUACUGCGCGCCGCAGGCCCCGUCGCUGAGUGUGGCCGGCCCCAUCACGGCCAACUCCGAACAGAUUGCCCGGCUGCGGAGCGAGCUGGACGUCGUUCGGGGAAACACGAAAGUCAUGUCCGAGAUGUUAACCGAGAUGGUGCCCGGGCAGGAGGAGCCGUCCGACCUGGAGCUGCUGCAGGAGCUGAACCGGACCUGUCGGGCCAUGCAGCAGCGCAUCGUGGAGCUCAUCUCCCGCGUGUCCAACGAGGAAGUCACCGAGGAGCUGCUGCACGUCAACGACGACCUCAACAACGUCUUCCUGCGCUACGAGAGGUUCGAACGAUACAGGUCGGGUCGGUCAGUCCAAAAUGCCAGUAACGGGGUGCUGACUGAGGUGACCGAAGACAACCUGAUCGACCUGGGGCCGGGGUCCCCGGCCGUGGUGAGCCCCAUGGUGGGCAGCACGGCGCCCCCGUCCUCCCUCUCCUCCCAGCUCGCAGGCCUGGACUUGGGAACACAGAGCGUCAGUGGCACCCUCAGCUCCCUCCAGCAGUGCAGUCCUCGCGACGGCUUCGACAUGUUCACCCAGACAAGAGGGAAUUCCUUGGCUGAGCAACACAAGAUGGUGACCUGCGAGGACCCUCAGGCUGCUGGAGGACUUGCUCCUGCACUGGACGGUCGAAAGCAGAGCUCCGAGGCGGAGAGAGGGACAGGUGGGGCCUCGGAGCUGGAGCCUAUCGACACGUGGCUCAUGACCCAAGGAAUGAUCCCCGUGGCGCAGCCCUCUGUCAUGGACGACAUUGAGCUGUGGCUCAGGACGGACCUGAAGGGCGAUGACCUGGAGGAAGGUGUCACGAGUGAAGAGUUUGAUAAAUUCCUGGAAGAAAGAGCCAAAGCUGCGGAAAUGGUCCCCAACCUGCCUUCCCCGCCGGCCGAGGCCCUGGCGCCCCCCGUGACGCCCACCGGCCGCAAGAAGCCCGCGCGCUCGGAGGAUGCUCUCUUCGCCCUGUGAGCGCCCCCGGCCCCCCGGCCCGCCC